UCCGCCCGCAGAUGGAGCCCGUUAACCGGCCGCUGCCGCGGACUGAGCCCGGUGCCGGCACGGCUCGGCUCCAUGCCCGGGAGCGCUGGAGGGGGAGCGCGGCGAGCCGAUGUGAUCCGAUCCGGCCGGCAUGCUGCACCGCUGCAGGAAGGGCUCCUGUCUGAUCCUCGGCGCCGCCGCCAACCUCCUCACCCUGCUCUACAUCGCCUGGCUGGUCAACUACCUCAAGGUGCAGCCCCCGCCGGCCGAGCUGCCCCCAGAGUCGGACAGCCGCCGGCUGGAUCAGAGGCUAGAGCGUCUGGAGACACUCGUCAGGCACCACUUGGAAGAGUCUCCACCGAGGCAGGAGGAUGAUGAGGGUGGCGAGGCGGUCUCGGACUCCCCGCUCUUCGCGCACUGGGGGCACGACCUGCCCCCCGACACGCGGCGGAUUGCGUGGAAGAAGUUCCAGUACUACGGCUACAACAGCUACCUCAGCGACCAGCUCCCUCUCGACAGGCCCAUUCCUGACUUCAGGCCCGACGGCUGCAGGAACCUCAGCUACCCGACCAACCUGCCCCAGAUCAGUGUGGUCUUCAUCUUCAUGAACGAGGCCUCCUCGGUCAUCCUGCGCUCGAUGCACUCGGUGAUGUCCAAAACCCCGGCCCACCUGCUCAAGGAGAUCGUGCUGAUCGACGACAACAGCAACAAUGAUGAGCUGCGGCAGGAGCUGGGAGCGUACGUGCAGGAGGUGAACGCCCAGCAGCCGGGCUUCAUUCAGGUGGUCCGCCACACCAAACAGGAGGGGCUGAUCCGCUCCCGAAUCAGCGGCUGGAGAGCGGCCUCUGCCCCCGUCGUUGCCCUGUUCGACGCACAUGUUGAGUUCAGUGAUCAGUGGGUGGAGCCAAUCCUGUCGCGGAUAAAGGAAGAUCGAAGGCGCAUCAUAUCUCCAUCCUUUGACAACAUCAAGUACGACAACUUUGAAGUCCAGGAGUAUUCCCUUUCAGCCCAAGGGUUUGACUGGGAACUGUGGUGUCGUUACCUCAACCCUCCCAGGGAAUGGUGGGCUUUGGAAAAUGCAACUGCCCCAAUCAGAAGUCCUUCUCUGAUUGGCUGCUUUGUGGUGGACCGCCAGUUCUUUGAAGAGAUUGGAUUGCUGGAUGAGGGAAUGGAGGUGUACGGAGGCGAAAACGUGGAGCUGAGUAUCCGGGUCUGGCAGUGUGGAGGUAGUGUGGAGGUCCUGCCCUGCUCCAGGCUGGCCCACAUCGAGAGGGCUCACAAACCCUACACGGAGGACCUGACCGCACACGUACGCAGGAACGCACUCAGGGUGGCCGAGGUCUGGAUGGACGAGUUCAAAGAUCACGUCUACAUGGCCUGGAACAUCCCCAGAGAGAACUCCGGGAUUGACAUUGGGGACAUUUCGGAGCGCAAGGCGCUGAGACACAGGUUGCAGUGCAGGAGUUUCAGAUGGUACCUGAACAACGUCUACACACAGAUGAAGAAGUAUACGGACACGUUGGCCUACGGCAUGCUGAGGAACGCUCUGAGGAGUGACCUGUGCCUCGACCAGGGUCCGCAGUCGGACAACAUUCCCAUCGUGUACAUGUGUCACGGGAUGACACCACAGGCAGUGUACUACAUGAGCAGCCAACAGCUACACGUGGGGGUGCUGAGCCCCACCCUGGACGCUGUGGACAACAGGUGCCUGGUGGAGGUGAACGGCCGGCCUCGGCUGCUCGAGUGCGGCUAUGCCGAGAGCAACCAGAUGCGGCUGCACUGGCAGUUCACGCAGGGCGGCUCAGUGCGGAAUCGAAUAUCAAAGAAGUGCUUGGAGAUUGAGGAGAAUAGUGAAGGUGUCUAUGGAUACCAGCUUUUACUCCGGAAAUGCAGCGGUCAAAAGUGGACUAUCUCAAACAUCUUAAGGAAGAUGAAUUCCACAUGAAGAGCUUUCCUCACCCACUCCCAGUGUAGCUUCUUUAAGCAUCUGCUCUAUUUAUUGUGUCUCAGGUCUCUGGGAAGAAGGUUGUCUCUGCUCAUCUUUGAAUGGAGCUGCCGUGGGUUUUAGGUACGGUCGCGGUGAUGGAGGUCAGAGUAGUGAUAUAUUUUGUACGUGUAAAUAGGCAUUCAGGAGAUGGAUAUACUUGUUAUGCUUGUCCCGUGGAGACGGAACAAAGUGAUAUCGUUCCUGCCUUAGCACAUGUGAGGCUGUUUUAGCAGUGGCUAUUCUGUGAUGUAGGGUCAGUGGGAUUAUGUAGGUGGUCUGUAAUCCAUUUAGGCAAAUGUAGUAAAUCUCCAUUGAUCCAGAAGGUCACUCAGUGGCAAAUCCCAGCAGUGUUUGACCAUCUAAUCUUCUCUGGUUGGAAAAGGCUUUGUUGACUGUGCAACGCAGUGUGGUUGGGUGGGCAGAGUGAGUCUGGUGCUGAUACCCCCGUAGUUAUCUCUGAGACCCCUCCAAAUCUGCCUCCGUUCAAAACCCAACGGGAGUUUGGGCUGAACUGCUCCUGGACGAUCCCACAGCCGCAAGGGUGAAGAGCGUUUAAUGUCAUAUGUACCGGCAAUGAAACUCUUACUUGCAGCAGCUUAACAGGCCCGUCAAAGCAAUUCCGCGCAGAUAAAUAUGAAAUGAUCAAUAAUACAAAAAAAUUAAGAACGGUAAUAUUUGGUAACCUUAACGGUGCAAAUCCAAAGUCUGUAGUGCAACCGAUGACAGUCCACAGAAGAUCGUAGUUUCUGAGUGUUGUGCAGUGGUCAACAACCUGAUGGUUGCUGAGAAAAAGCUGUUCUUGAGCCUGCAGGUCACGGUUUUCAGGCUCCUGUACCUUCUUCCCAAUGGUCGAAGUGAGAUGAGAGCGUGGCCUGGGUGGUGUGUGGGUCUUUGAUGAUAUUGGCUGCCUUUAUGCGGCACUGCCUUCCAGUAGAUCCCUUUGAUUGUGGCGAGAUCAGCACCUGUGAUGGACCAGGUCGUGUCUACCACACCCUGUAGUCUCCUUCGAACCUUUGAGGAUCACGAUGUUCUGUGUGUGUGACUGGGCUCUGAGUUUACCUAUGACUUCAGUAACAAUCCUGAAGAAUCAUUUAAUCCAUUUGCCUGCAAUUGAGACAUUGGAGGGUGUCUCUGAUUCCAAAUAUGUCGAUCCAAAACAAAUCUUUGUAUUUUAAUCACCCCUAAAUAAUGGGUUAGUGAAUUUCCAAUGUCUUUUAAUUUUUUUAAUGAUUUCUAUUCUUGUUUUGAACAAUCCUAAACCAUGGUGUGGCUCAAAAUAAAACCAUGAGAAGAU